ACGAGGAGGGAGGAUACCAUUGCCCGCUAAGAGGAAAAGAGGCUGCCCAGUAGUGACCAGUAACAGACGAAGCACCGCUAGUGCAUUUCCCAAAGUGCUUUAGCCAUUUUGAAAGCGAAGAGCUUUAAGCCUUCAACAGGUUGAUAAACCCUCUGACGAAAACCCGAACAUCAAAUCCAGGGUUUUUCCCAACACAGACAUCUGUCUCUCUCUGUCUGCAGAUUAAUAAUUAGGGUUUAGAUUUUGGGGCACGUCGUGGCCAAAUGGAGGCGGCAGUGGUCGAUGCUGGCUCCAAGCUUCUCAAGGCGGGACCCGCGAUCCCGGAUCAGGCUCCGUCCAUGAUAAUUCCUACUCAAAUGAAACGCAUGCUUGACGAUGAAUCCUCAGCUGAUAAUUCAAUGUUUGAAGAUGUUACAAUUGAUCCUGUUGUGCGAGGAUUCAUUAGAGACUGGGAUGCUAUGGAAGAUUUGUUGCACCAUGUUCUAUACACUGGCCUUGGAUGGGAAGUUGGGAAUGAAGGACAAAUAUUGUUUACAGAUCCACUUUGUACCCCCAAGGCUGCCAGAGAACAACUGGUGCAGUUGCUAUUCGAAACUUUUAAUGUCUCAGGAUUUUAUGCGUCAGAGCAAGCAGUAUUAUCUCUGUAUGCUGUUGGGCGUAUCUCAGGUUGUACUGUUGAUAUUGGUCAUGGGAAGAUAGACAUAGCUCCAGUACUUGAAGGUGCUGUCCAACACAUUGCCUCAAGAAGAUUUGAAAUUGGAGGUAUUGAUUUGACAAAGUUACUUGCUCAAGAACUGGGUAAAUCUAAUCCUAUGGUAAACCUCAGCAUCUCAGAUGUUGAGAAAUUAAAAGAGCAGUUCUCAUGUUGUGCUGAAGAUGAACUUGCUUAUGACAGAACCCUAAAAUCAUGUGAGACAGAGGAGCAUACCCUUCCUGAUGGACAGGUGAUAAGAAUUGGAAGAGAAAGAUUUACUGUUGGUGAGGCAUUGUUUCAACCAUCUAUAUUGGGUUUAGAAGCUCAUGGAAUUGUUGAGCAGCUUGUUCGUAGUAUUUCAACAGUUUCUUCUGAGAACCAGAAGCAACUGCUAGAAAAUACUGUCCUUUGUGGUGGGACUACUUCUAUGACUGGUUUUGAAGAUAGGUUUCAGAAAGAAGCAAGCCUGUGCACAUCAGCUAUCCGUCCUUCACUAGUAAAGCCUCCAGAAUAUAUGCCAGAGAAUUUGACAGUGUACUCAGCAUGGGUGGGAGGUGCAAUUCUUGCUAAAGUGGUGUUUCCACAAAAUCAGCAUGUAACAAAGGCAGAUUACGAUGAGACUGGCCCUUCUGUUGUUCAUCGAAAGUGUUUUUGAUUAAAUUUACCCUAGUGAGCAAAGUUCUUGUUCGCAGCUUUCUGUCUGUAGUAUAUUAAGAUACUAAUGGCAGUAGAAAAACCAGGAAUCGAAAUUUGUGUUAACUGAGAAAGCUAAUUGCGCGCUUAUGUUACUGAUAUCAGUGUAGGUGACUGGGUAUCUUUUUCAUUUCAAGGAUCAGCGUUUCCAUGGCUUGCAGCAA